AUUAAAAGAAGAGAGGAUUUCACCAAAAAGAAAAGAAGAGAAAGGAGAAAACCUCCAUUUAAACUGCUUGCAGACUUCUCCGCCUCUCUUUCUUUCUCACAACUUCAUCUCUUAAACUACCGUCAAAGUUCCUCCCCCUUCUAUUUUAAUAAAAAUUAAUAAUUUUAAUGGCUAUUUCGUGUUCUAAAGAAUCAUCAUUCUUGAUUUGUUCUUCGAUUUUGAGUUUGUCUAAUUCAAACACCAUCUCUUUCAAUUAUCCGUCGCUCAAUUCUUCUUCUGCUGUUAAUUUACGUCGCUUUUCCAGCUUUUUAGAUCAGCUUUCUUGUACUUGUUUCUGACGCUUCAAAUCUUACCUCGCUGUCGCCGCCGUUGGAAUUUUUUUUCCUGCUUCAAUGGGAAAGCGCAAUUCGAAUCGUAAGAAUGCGGCAGCGAUGCUGGAUAGCGAUGACACAGAUAGUGUAAGCUCGUCGUCUUCAGUCCGUUCUGAUCUGGUUUCCGUUGGGGUUGGGGUUGGGGUUGGUGCUGAUGUUGAAAAGGAUAGCUUAUUGGAUGAAUCACUUGAUGCUUUGUUUGAGAAAAGGGGUUCAACACGCGAGAAGGCGUUGGAAUCUAUCAUUGAAGCGUUCAGUCAAAACUUGCAGCAUGAAUUUGUUGAAAAGAAAUUUGCGACUCUGCUACAUCAGUGCCUGAAUUCUAUCAAGAAGGGCUCUGGGAAAGAGAUUAUUUUGGCAUCUCAGACUAUCGGUCUGUUGGCAUUGACAACUGGGCCGGGGAAACAGGCAAGUGAAAUACUGGAGGAAUCAGUCCCAAUAAUAUCGCAGGCUCUCCGGUCAAGGUCUGAAUCAUCAAAAGUUGCGGCGUUGUUAGAUUGCUUGGCUGUCAUUACCUUCAUCGGCGGGGAAGAGGCAGAGGAAACAGAGCGAUCAAUGCAGAUAAUGUGGCAAGUUCUGCAUCCUAAAUUGAGUACCAAUGUUGUGGCAACUAAAGCUUCACCAGCUGUCAUAGCAGCAACCGUAUCUGCAUGGUCGUUUCUUCUCACAACAAUAAAUUCGUGGAGCCUAAGUUUGAAAGAUUGGCAAGAGUCCAUUUCUUAUUUGUCUACUCUGUUGGAUAAGGAUGAUCGUUCUGUGCGCAUUGGGGCUGGCGAAGCACUGGCUGUGAUAUUUGAUGUUGGAGAUUUUGAAAGAUUUUCUUGUGAAAGAAACGGUUCCAGCGAUGAGACGGAUAAGCCUACACGAGAAGGAUAUAUACACUUAAAAGGAUUGCAGGGAAAAGUCCUGAAUCAAGUACGAGAUCUUGCUUCUGAGGCUGGUGGCAAAGGAGCUGCUAAGAAGGAUCUUAAUAACCAAAGGAACUUGUUCCGGGAUUUUUUGGAUUUUCUGGAGGACGGUUAUUCUCCCGAAACCUCAACAAAAAUUGGUGGUGAGACUUUAACCACAACAUCAUGGUCUGAGCUUAUACAGUUAAACUUCCUAAAACAUUUUCUUCGGGGAGGAUUCGUGAAGCAUAUGCUGGAAAAUGGAUUUUUGCAUGAUGUUUUUGGAUUUACUCCAAAGAAAAAGUUCAAUUUGGGCAACGGAGAUCAAUCAGCGGAUAAAUUAAAUGAGAAGAGAUUGUACAAGUCACCAAAUUCUGCACUUGCCAAAGCACGGACACAAUACAUGAAUAAGCAGCGGACUGUGUUGCAGGGUCGGAAGACGGGUCACUUUGCUGUUGCUGCUGAGGAAGAAUAAAUAGCCCUGCAAAUUCCUGCUUGUAAAAUACUUGGGGGGUAGUCAAUUGGUCACCCUUCUUAUGUAAUUUCAGCAAUAUCUUAUUCUGGCUUAAACCAUUGCAAAAACUUAUUCUUGUGUUGUACUUCAGCUUCUUAAUGUCCGGUUUAUUGGAUAGUGUUAGUAGCUACUGUAUUUAAUAAUAUACUGAAGGAUCACGUGGUAUUUGGCUGAAUUUUAAUAAAGUUUGAUUAAUACAAAAAUGUUUGUAGUUUUGUUGUC